GGUCAUCAAGUCUCCUAUUUAAACAGUUUGAAUUUCUUUUAACAUAAAUUUAUAUUACCUUUUUUUAUCCUACCAAAAUAAUUCAGAUUUUGUAUAAACCAACCAUGAGCCUGAGUCUCGAAAACGUUAAAUGUCCUGCCUCAAAUGUUUUGUUUACUGAAGAACAAGAAGCACUAGUGGUUAAAUCAUGGAAUGUCAUGAAAAAGAACUCUGCUGAACUUGGUCUCAAGUUGUUCUUGAGGAUAUUUGAGAUUGCACCAACAGCAAAGAAAAUGUUCUCUUUUGUAAGGGACUCGAACGUUCCCUUGGAGCAAAAUCCGAAGCUCAAAGCCCAUGCUAUGUCUGUUUUCGUAAUGACGUGUAAAUCAGCUGCUCAACUUAGAAAAGCUGGGAAAGUAACUGUUGGUGAGUCUACAUUGAAGCAUAUGGGGUCAGUCCACUUAAAAUACGGAGUUGUAGAUGAACAUUUUGAGGUGACUAGAUUCGCGUUGCUGGAAACAAUAAAAGAGGCGGUACCAGAGAUGUGGUCGCCGGAGAUGAAGAAUGCUUGGACUAAAGCUUUUAAUCAGUUGGUUGCUGCUAUUAAGGCUGAAAUGAAGCCUUCAUCUACAGCUUAAGUUCACUUGAAAAAAACUUGCUUUUGACAAUGUUUGUUUUUUUAUACAUGGAAUAAUGUUUCAUUAUCAACAAUGUACUAUUAUUGUACUAUAUACUCCGUGCGUGUUACAUUCGAAUCAUCAAUAACAUCAUUAUUUGUUUUGUUGUAAAUCCCUUAAAGUUUAUCAGAUUACAUUAGAAUAUAUAUAUAUGUUAUGAAGACAUAUGA